AUGCCUCCCACUAAAUCAAGCGUCGCUUGGCAGUUUUUCACAAUUAAUGCUGAUAAUAAUAAACUGGUGUGUAAAUUGUGCUCAUUAAGCUAUUGUAAAUCUGGAAGUACAACCACUCUCGUUAAUCAUUUAAAAAACAAACAUAUUAUUGAAUAUAGUGAAGCUGUAGCAGCUAAUCCAGUGACAUUUCAAAAUGUGAGAUCUGCUGUUAAUGUGGUUAAUCUUAUAACGCAACCUGUAGUGCCAAAUGUCUCACAACCAAUUUUGAGUACUGAGGCUCCUGCAAAACGUUUGAAACAAAUGCGGCUUACUAUUCCUGGUAAAAUUAAUCAAAAAGCUGGCGAUGAUGCUUUAAUGAACAUGAUUCUUUUAGAUAUGCAACCGAUACAGAUAGUGGAAAAUGAUGGAUUUAAAAAGUAUUCGCGAAUUCUAAAUUCAGAUUAUGUAUUACCUUCCAGAAAAGUACUCACGCGUAUGUUAGAGGAAAAAUAUGAAAUGCAUAGUGCGGAAGCAAAGGCAAAACUUACAUUUGUCGAAAACAUUGCAAUUACGACUGAUAUAUGGAGUAGCGAUAGCCAGAAAAGUUUUCUUAGCGCAUCUGCUCAUUUUAUUAAAGAUAGCAAAUUAAAUUCAUUAGUCAUAGCAACAAUAGAACUCAGAGAAAAUCACACGUCACAAAAUAUUUCUAAUGGUUUGAAAUCUGUGUUAAUUGAAUGGCAAAUCUUUGAUAAAGUUGAUAUUGUUGUGACUGAUAAUGCGCCGAAUAUGAAGAAAGCUAUUACUUUAUUUUUGAAUAAAAAAAAUUUAUCGUGCGUAGCUCACACAUUAAAUUUAGUUGUUAAAAAUUGUUUAGAUAAAGACAAGGAAAAUUGUGAACUUCUUAUCGCAAUCACAAAAGCUAGAGCGAUUGUAGCACAUUUUAAACAUAGUGUGAAAUCGUCAGGUAUUCUGCAAGGAUUACAAAAGCAAAUGAACUUAGAUGUUAUUACUUUAUCACAAGAUAUACCAACUAGAUGGAAUUCUACUUUUUAUAUGUUCGAAAAGUUAUUGAGGGUUAAAGUUGCACUAUGUGCAGCUUUGCCUUAA